AUGCCGCAGCUCGCUCGUCGUCGUCUUCGUCGCUCGCCCCUCAUCGCAGAUCGCAAAUCGGAGAUCGGAGAUCGCAGAUCGCUUUGCCUCUGCUCCGGUGCUCGGUGCUCCCUCCGACCCUCCCUCAAGAUCGUAGACGGUAGAUCGGUCAUCGGAGAUCGCAGAUCGCUCUGCCUUUACUCCGGUGCAACGUUGCUUGUUGCUCCCUCCGGCGAUCCGGCCCUCCCUCAAGGAAAUGCCAAAUAUACAUCACCCACAAUUCAAAAGGAGAUUUUGCAUAUUCUUGCUAGUAAUGUGCGAAAUGCUAUUCGUGAAGAAAUUGGGGAUGCAAAAUUUUGCAUUCUUGUUGAUGAAGCCCGGGAUGAGUCGAAGAGAGAGCAAAUGGCCAUCAUUUUGAGGUUUGUUGAUAAAGAAGGUUUCAUUAAAGAGCGUUUCUUUCAUGUUGUGCAUGUUAGAGACAUUACUGCAUUGACUUUAAAGAAUGAGAUAUGUGCUGUCCUUUCUCGUUACAACCUCCACAUUGAAAAUAUUCGAGGUCAAGGAUAUGAUGGGGCUAGUAACAUGCGUGAACAAGUUGAGAAUAUGAUUGCUUCUAAUGAAAUUGAGACUGGAAUAGGUGCAAACCAGAUUGGUACUUUGCAACGAGCUGGAGAUACUAGGUGGGGAUCUCAUUUUCAAUCUAUUUGUAGUUUGAUUAAAAUGUAUGAUGCUACUUGCAAAGUUAUCAACACUAUCUCUGAAGAAGGGGCUAACUAUAAACAACGCGGUGAUGCCGAGGGAGCUUAUCAGAUAAUGGGAAUUACUAAUGUUCUUUGUCAAGCUUUGCAACAACAUUCUCAAGACCUUUUAAAUGCCAUGCAUUUAGUUUCAACUACAAAAUCACUUAUUCAAAAGUUGAGAGAUGAUGGAUGGGAGCCUUUACUUGCUAGUGUUAUAUCAUUUUGUGAGCAACAUGAAAUUGAUAUUCCUGAUAUGAAUGCUCGUUACACUAAAGGUCGAGGUAGAUAUCGUCGUCAAGAUGACGAUUUAACAAUAGAACAUCAUUUUAGAAUUGGCAUUUUUACAGUUGCAAUAGACUUUCAAUUGCAAGAAUUGAAAAGUAGAUUUUGUGAGCUAACAACAGAACUUGUCAUUCUUAGUUCAGCUUUAAAUCCCAAAGAUGCUUUUAGAUUAUUCAAAAUUGUUGAUAUAUGCAAUUUGGUUAAGAUAUAUUAUCCUCAAGAUUUCACUGAACAUGAACAAGAGCUUUUGGAGUCUUAA